AUGUCAGAUCCCAGCAGGCCUUUUUUCUAUCCAGCAGACAGUAGUAGUGAUACUGAAGACUAUAGGUGGGACAACGAGGAGAGACGCAAGAGGCUGUCGAAGCGUAACGGUUCGAAUUCCCGUAGUGGUAUGCCCAAUAUGCUGUCAAAGAACCAGAGUCCCAUUGCACCCACUCCAUCCACAUCUACGGCACAAAAUCCGCCCAGGAACCAGCUGUGUGAUGACAGAAUAACACUUGUGGUGGAUAACACUAGGUUCGUCGUCGAUCCAGCACAAUUUACGGCCCAUCCGAACACAAUGUUGGGAAGAAUGUUUAGUUCAGGGCUGGAGUUCACUCAUCCUAAUGAGCGUGGAGAAUACGAGGUGGCUGAGGGUAUUUCGGCGACGGUGUUCAGGGCGAUACUGGAGUACUACAGAGGGGGCAGCAUCCGGUGCCCGCCUACUGUCUCCGUGCAGGAGCUGAGGGAGGCGUGCGACUACCUCCUGGUGCCGUUCGACGCUAACACAGUCCGAUGCCAGAAUCUAAGAGAUCUCCUCCAUGAGUUAUCGAACGAGGGCGCCCGUCGACAGUUCGAGUCGUUCCUAGAACGCUUGAUUGUCCCCCUGAUGGUGGAGUCGGCGCGGCGCGGCGACCGCGAGUGCCAUGUUGUCGUUCUGCUCGAUGACGACGCGGUAGAGUGGGACGAAGAAUACCCUCCUCAGAUGGGCGAAGAAUACAGCCAGACUGUGCUGUCCACGCCGCUAUAUAGGUUCUUCAAGUAUAUUGAAAACAGGGACGUAGCCAAGCAAGUGAUGAGGGAGCGCGGCCUCAAAAAAAUACGCCUGGGCGUUGAAGGUUACCCCACAUACAAGGAGAAGGUGCGCAAACGGCCAGGCGGACGCGCCGAAGUAAUAUAUAAUUAUGUUCAACGCCCCUUCAUUCACAUGUCGUGGGAAAAAGAGGAGGCCAAGAGCCGCCACGUUGACUUCCAAUGCUUCAAGAGCAAAUCUGUCACUAAUCUUGCGGAGGCCACAGCUGAUCCGGCUAUAGAACCGGAAAUUAGGCAUCGGGAUGAGGAUCCCAUAGACCAACAGGAAAUGCCACCCGAAGAAGAGGUGCAGUGA